UCGACGAAUGAAUCCAAAGUCCCUCCAUUUUCAUGCGGGAGUCGAUCCUACCCGUUCUGCGAUGAGGGCAUGCCAGUGAGGGAGCGGGCCCGCGACCUGAUCUCGCGGCUGACGUUGGACGAGAAGCUCUCGCAGCUCAUCAACAAGGCCGCGGCCAUCCCCCGCCUCGGCGUCCCCUACUACCAGUGGUGGUCGGAGGCGCUGCAUGGGGUGGCCGUGGCCGAAGGGGUCGAGAAUGGCAUCUCGUUCCGCGGGGUCGUCAAGGCCGCCACAAGCUUCCCUCAGGUCAUACUCACCGCCUCCUCAUUCGACGCCCAUCUCUGGUACCGGAUUGCAAAGGUGAUCGGAACAGAGGCAAGAGCAAUGUACAACGAGGGGCAGGCGACGGGCCUAACGUUCUGGGCCCCAACCGUUAACAUCUUCAGGGAUCCGCGGUGGGGGAGGGGGCAGGAGACCCCCGGGGAGGACCCCUUGCUCACCGCCAAGUAUGCCACCUCGUUUGUCAGGGGCCUCCAAGGUGACUCCUUUGAGGGCCGAGCCCUCAAAGAUGACCACCUCCUAGUGUCUGCGUGUUGCAAGCACUUCACUGCCUAUGAUCUUGAAAGCUGGAAGGGAUAUGUACGCUACACCUUCAAUGCAAAUGUGACGAAGCAGGAUAUGGCGGAUACUUACCAGCCCCCGUUUAAGGGCUGCAUCAAGGAGGGGAAGGCAAGUGGGUUAAUGUGCGCGUAUAAUCUUGUGAAUGGGGUCCCUAACUGCGUGGAUUAUGAUCUGCUCACCGAGACUGCCCGCGGAGAGUGGGGGUUUGAAGGGUACAUAACCUCGGAUUGUGAUGCAGUUUCGUUUCUCUUUCAAAAGCAACAUUAUGCAAAAUCAAAUGAAGAGGCUGUUGCUGAUGCGCUCAAAGCUGGAAUGGAUGUGAGUUGUGGUCCGUAUUUGGGAAACUAUAUAAAAUCUGCCGUUUUGAAAGGGAUAGUGCCUGAAUCUGACAUAGACAAAGCUCUUGAGAAUCUUUUCACUGUGAGGAUUCGGUUAGGUCUCUUCAAUGGGCCCCCAAGUGGGACCUACGGGAAACUCGGGCGUGAAGAUGUCUGCGCACCCGAGCACCAGGAGCUGGCACUUGAGGCAGCCAGGCAGGGGAUAGUCCUGCUGAAAAAUGAGAGAAAACUGCUGCCGCUAUCCAAGGCCGGGAAGGGGUCCCUUGCGGUGAUAGGCCCGAAUGCGAAUGUUUCCAAUGUACUUCUCGGAAACUACCGGGGGCCGCCUUGCACCACCAUCACUCCACUCCAAGGGCUAAUGAGAUAUGCAAAGGAUAUCAACUAUAGCUCUAUCGAUGUGAAAAGAGCGGUCGAGCUUGCAAAAUCAGCGGACUGCGUGGUUUUGGUGAUGGGAACCAACCAACUACAAGAAUCAGAGUAUAAAGAUCGCGAGGAUUUGGUGCUUCCUGGGGAGCAGGAAAGCUUGAUCAUGAGCGUUGCCGAGGCGGCUAAGAAGCCUGUCGUGUUGGUGCUGCUAUGUGGAGGGCCGAUUGAUGUUUCAUUCGCCAAAAAUGAGCCAAAAAUAGGGAGCAUUUUGUGGGCUGGGUAUCCUGGUCAGGCUGGAGGGGGAGCAAUUGCAGAGAUCAUAUUUGGAGACUAUAAUCCUGGAGGAAGGCUGACUAUGACUUGGUAUCCCCAAGAAUUUAUGAAGAUACCGAUGAUCGAUAUGAGAAUGAGGGCCGAUCCAUCAUCUGGCUUCCCGGGGCGCACCUAUAGAUUCUACGGAGGCAAAAAGGUGUUUGAAUUCGGGCACGGGUUGAGCUACACCACUUAUUCUUACAAGAUCGUUUUCGUAAGCCAAAGAAAUUUUGAUCUCAAGGCAUCAUCAUCCACUUCCAACCUAAGGUACGUAUCGGUCCAAGAGUUGGGAUCGAGGUGGUGUAAGAAGGCUAAGUUUUUUGUUAUAGUUCGUGUUAAGAAUAAAGGGAAGAUGGCGGGUAAGCACCCGGUGCUUUUAUUUUUGAGGCGUACUCAAUAUGGUGGUGAUGGUGGUGUUGGUAGCCCGAUGAAACAAUUGGUCGGGUUUCAGACGGUAAAGACUGAUGUUAAGGAGAAAGUGUUGGUCAAGUUUUCAGUGAGUCCGUGUGAGCAUUUUAGUAGUGCUAGUGAAGAUGGGGAGAUGGUGAUUGAAUCAGGAGAUGCGAGUUUAGUUGUAGGAGAUGAGGAGCAUCCAAUUAGAAUUCAUAUGUGACAAAUUAUAGAUUGUCAAUUGUGUUCAAGGGUUUUAUGCAACU